UUGAACUCACAAACUGCGAGAUCAUGACCUGCGUGGAAAUCAAGAGUUGGGUGCUUAACCCACUGAGCCACGUAGGUGCUCCAGAUUCUUAGACUUUUAGAGCCAGGAGGAUCACAAAUUCUUUACACAAUUCUGAGGCUAAGAAGGGACACAACUGGAGUGAAAUAAUACGGCUAAUGUCACUGUUCUGUUUUCUUCCCAAGCCCCCAUUCCAUAUAGAAUGAGGACUCAAUAAAUAACUAUUUGAAGGGCUCAGGGAAAGGCAAAAAUAUCUAUGGAACUGGGGACCUUCAAUCCCACACUGUAGCCUACCUAUGUUAGGGGAAACUACGCCAUUACUGUCACAGCUGAACACAUGAGGUCCCCAACGCAAGAAGGAAAGUAUGGGAGCUAGUGUGCGACCCAGCUUUUCUGAAGGGCUGGGUGGGGAGCAGGGCUGGCCUGAGGCUCUAAGAGGGCGGGGCCCACAGGCGGUGAGUGGAAUCCUUACUGCCCUACGGAGGGCAGGGCUUUGGUCUCCACGGAGACAGCUUCUCCUAGCAACCUGGCAGGCGUUGAGCCGAGCCUUGGGCACGAUGGACGCAGAGAGCCUCCUGCUGUCGCUAGAGCUGGCGUCCGGCAGUGGGCAGGGCCUCAGCCCGGACCGUCGGGCCUCUCUACUUACCUCUCUUCCGCUGGUGAAACGCGACUACCGCUAUGAUCGGGUCCUCUUCUGGGGCCGCAUCCUCGGCCUUGUCGCGGAUUAUUACAUCGCGCAGGGCCUGAGUGAGGACCAGCUCGCACCACGCAAGACCCUCUACAGCCUGAACUGCAUGGAGUGGAGCCUCUUGCCCCCUGCCACGGAGGAGAUGAUGGCACAGACGUCUGUGGUGAAGGGCCGCUUCAUGGGGGACCCCUCACAUGAGUAUGAACACACUGAGCUGCAGAAGAUAAACGAGGGCGGAAAGGUCUUUGAAGAGGAAGUGGUGGUCCAGAUCAAGGAAGAGACCCGCUUGGUGUCUAUCAUCGACCAGAUUGACAAGGCUGUGGCUAUCAUCCCCCGAGGAGCCCUUUUUAAGACCCCUUUUGGACCUAUCCAUGUCAAUCGGACUUUUGAAGGACUCUCCUUGUCUGAAGCCAAGAAGCUCAGUUCCUACUUCCACUUCAGGGAGCCUGUUCAGCUGAAGAACAAGACCUUGCUUGAGAAGGCUGACCUGGAUCCCUCCCUGGACUUCAUGGACUCCUUAGAGCAUGACAUCCCCAAAGAAAGGAAGUCCCUCGGUGCCUCUUCUGAUUUCCAUUAUUGGUCUUGAAGGAGGCAGGUUGAGAAUCCUCCCCCAACCAUCUCUGAAAAGAUCCCUGAAAAUACCAGCCACACAUCCAUCUCCGUUGUAAGUUCUGCGGUUAGAUCCGGUGCUUAUCACAUAGCUGGUGCUCCGUGAGUGGCUGCUGACCGACCGAAGGGCAAACCACCUGCUAAGGAAAUGAGUUCUGUACAUUUGCUUCCUGCUAUGUGUGUGGUACUUUUUAAUCUUAAGACGUGCAGCCUCCGAGGUCUUCCCGUUCUUCAGGGCCCACCUGGCCCAGGCACACACCCAGAGUUUGGGGGAUGGGGUCACAGAGACCCCAUUUCCUUCCUCUGAGCUUCGCAAGCCCUGGGAAGACGCUCUUGCUCGGAUGCCCUAGCCCAAGACAGUUGCCAGGCUCUGGGCAACUGGGGGCCAGACUCAAGGUGCUGAUGCAGCACCCCUGCCUCUUUUCCUCCCCGUGUUUGGUGUUUCUCCAACCUGAGGGACCUGCUGUUGAUGAUGGCAACGCUAGGGACAGCGAUAAGGAUAGUAAUGACGACGCAUAAAAGCAACGGCACUACUUGUGUGCCAGGCGUUACACUCAGCCCUCUCCAUCCCUUAUCGUCACAGCCAACCUGGGAGGUAGAGACCGUUGUUGUCCCCAUUUUACAGGUGAAGAAACAGGGCUAAAGUCCACGACACAGCAAAUGUUAGAGCCUUAGACUCCAGGCCUCUGGCAUGAACUGUGGUGUCAAGUAGAUUAGUGUUUCCUUCUAAGCAGGUAGUGGGAACAGCAGGACAACACCCACGCCCACCACACAGGGGAAACACUUCUGAGGAGCCACGGCCACUCCCAGUCAGGGUGAGAGCGGGAUGGCAGAGGCAAGGGCUCUGGGCUGGGAUUCCGAAUCUGCCACUUACUCGCUGUGUAAUCUCGGGCAAGCUCCUCAGUCUCCCCGUGCCUCCAUUUCCUCAUUCCCCCAAGGGAAUACUGUCCUUUUCUACCUCAUUGGGUUGUCGUGAGAACUGAGUUAGUGCGCACACAAAAUGCUUAUAGCAGUGCCUCACACACAGUAGGGACUCAAAUGAAAAUCAGGAAUUCUAUUAGUGCUAUUUUGAGCAGCAAAAAGGCCUUAGAGGGGAGUUGGGGCAGGCCAGGGAGGAUGGAGAAGGCCAAGGGGUAGGAGGCCUAGGGCAAGGCGGCAGGAGCUGCCAGCGGCUCGUGAACAGGUCUGUGACAAUAAGGCACUGGUGCGUGGAGGGAUGAAAUAGGGCCACACAAGGAUCUGGAGGCCAUUUCAUGGCUACUGAAGCACCCCAGGGGCCAGUGAUGGUCCCAAGUGGGUAAGGGCUGCCAGCAAGGAAUGGCCACUCUGGCCGCUGCCACACGGGGGUACCCGAGUCAAACCUCCCAGAGCUUAGAAAGGGGCCCAUGGUGUGGGGGGUGGAAGUGUGGGGGGUCAGGGGAAAAGCAGACACUCUGAUUUUGCUCCCAGACUCCCUUACCUGCCAGGGAGGGAGGAGAGGGUGCUGGGAGGCUGUCUGCAAGGCAGAUAGCGGCCACAGGGCCUGGCUGCUAAGUGGGGCCCAGGAGUUCUUCCCUGGGACGUCAGCACUGGCUGGAGGAAUGGAUUUGGGCAGUCGCUUUCUGCCCAGGUAGGAUCAGUUUCCUUUCUGGGACUGAGGUGACUGUUUAGGGGACUCUGUCACCCGUUAGCAGGUAUGGUUUAGGUUGGGCCUGUCCCCAGGACUCCUGCUCUCUGUGCCUGUGGAGGUAGGGCCAGCUCAGCAGCUUGUUCCUGGGCAAGCCCUGGCUGAAGAGAGGAUGGGGAGGGAGGGACGUUGCCUGGUGCCACCACUACCCUCCCUGGCUGUCCUGCUGUGCCCUGGGGUCUGCAGAGUUUUGUGGGAGUGGGUAGCUUUGGGGGCAGCCUUCCUCCUUGUGCAUGAAGGGCAGCAGCCGAGGGUUCUCGGAACUUGGGCUGCAGUCAGGCGGGACAGAUGGAGCACCAGGUCAGGCCAGACUUCUCGGCAGCACUCUGCCGUUCAGUGCUCCUUAACCUUCCACUGAGCAGAUAGCCACUGAGCAGGUGCCGUGUGCCAGGCUGCAGGAUGCCGUCGUGCCCGAGACGACACAGUCUUUGCCUCGCAGAGUUUUGAAAGAUCAAAUGAAACUGGACGGGUAGUGAAAAUGUAAAAUAGAAGGUGCCUCACACAAAAGGUCACCGGUGCCCUGGGGAGCAGGGCUCCUCUCCUUACCCCACUUGAAGGCUGGAGCCCACAGAUCUCAGGAAACUGCCAGGUGCCGGACCGCUUGGGCUCCAGCACUUGCGAGCCAGGCAGCAACGCCCAGUUCGGGCAGCAGAGGGCAGCAAGAUGCCUGCUUGCCAGGAGAACUACCUUUCAAACGUGGCCUUGGUUGGGGAGGAGGCAGGGGACAGGAGUCAGGAAUGCUGAAGACAGGUGAGGAACACAGUGCCCAGAUCAGCUUUCUCUUGGGGGUUUGUGUGCAGGUGGCUCCUUCCACCCAGUCCCUUGGAAGCCUGGCUGAUGGGUGCUUCUGGACCAGGGGGCUUGCCCAUAACUUGUGGCCCUGGUGUGGGGGGAGCGGCUGCUCUGAGAAAAGGGACCCAUGGCUAUUUCUGUGUGUGUGAGAAGUGUGGGGCUGAUUUGAGGAGAAAGUUUAAAACCAUCUGCUGUGGCUGGAGAGCCCUGUUCCCUAGUCUGGCCCACUCUCCCCCUCAAAUGUAAUCUCAGAGCUUUGCUACCCUUUUUUCCAGGAGGGCAGGAGAAUGUAAUUAUGACACGUACCCUAGACUGAGGCUUCCACUAGCAAAGUGAGACCCCUGACCCUGGGGCAACCCAGGAGGACUUCCUGCCAAGAGGCUCCAUUCCCGAUUUACUAACUUGCCCCCCAACACAUCCUCAAAAAACAGCUUGUAGAGGACUGGCUGGCUGCCAGGGAGCAGGACGCGCGUUUUGGGGACUUGGGAGAGACCAGGACCAUAGGAGGCUGCUUCCUCUGGAGUCUGAGAGGACAUGGUGGCAGUGGCUGGGUCCAGCCUUUCCA